AAACUACUCGUAUUACAUCUAUAAUGGAAAAUAAAUAAAAACUAAACCCUACAAUCCACAUAUAUUUAUAUAUAUAUACAUCAAAUUUCGUAAACCUUCUUCAUUUCAUUUCACAAUAUUAAUUUAACCCUCAUUGCCAUAUAUUUUUAACAUCUUAAUUAAUUACUACACUUAACCUCAAAAAUUAAUAUUGACCACCAUGGAUCGUCUCCUAUACGCAGCUGUGCUAAAAGGCGACGUUGCUGCCUUCCUCAAACUCGUUGAAGAUAGAAAAACCAUAAUUAACGAAAUCACAACCGAAUCACUAAACACUGUUUUACAUUUAGCAGCUAGGUUCGGACACAUAGAAUUGGCAUUAGAGAUAGUAAAAAGGUGGCCCGAAAUGGUGAUGGCAGAGAACCGAGACCUUGAGACUGCGUUGCACGAGGCGUGUAGAGAAGGGAAGGUCGAGAUAAUGAAGUUGUUAAUCGAGACGAAUGAAGGGGUCGUUGGGAAAGUGAACCGGAGAGGGGAGAGUGUGUUGUUUGUGGCGUGCGAGAGAGGGAAUAUUGAAAUUGUGAAGUAUUUGCUUAUAGGGUUUCAAUGGCUUCUUAUGCAUGAGUUUGAUGCUUUUACUUGUUCUAUACAUGUAGCUGCUGCUGCCGGACACACAGAUAUAGUCAAGGAAAUACUGCAGGUGCGUCCAGAGUUUGCAAGAAAGUAUACUUCAGAAGGAAAUUCUCCAUUGCAUUUGGCAUGUAGUAAAGGCCAUGUUGAAACAACAAGGGAGCUUAUAUGGUACGAUCCGGAUCUGUUGUACCUCCGCGAUCACAAGGGUUGGACACCCCUGCAUUGGGCAUCGAUGAAAGGCCGAGUAGGAAUUAUUGGUGAAAUAAUCUCUAUAAACCUUGAAUCCGUCGAGAUGGUUACCAAUCAUGGGGAAACCGUUCUUCAUAUUGCGGUUCUCUUUAACCAAUUUGAAGGUUUGAAAUACUUAAUGGAGAAACUCAACAUUAUAAGACUUGUUAACGUACAAGACAAUGAUGGAAAUACGGUGUUGCACAUAGCAACGGCUGGAAAACUCACUACGAUGGUGACAUAUUUACUCAAACGCGGUGUGGAUGUGAAUGCUAUCAAUGGAAAAGGGUAUACAGCUCUAGAUGUAGUCGAAUCAGAUGGAAGCAACUCUACUGCUCUACAAAUUGUCCCAGCCCUCUUAGAAGAAGGAGCAAAAAGAUGUGAUCAAUUGCCCCCUACAUCUAGAGAUAUCCAAGAAGUCAUUCGUCGUAAUUUAAUCUCUCAUAAUCCAACACCACAAAAUAUGGAAUCCCCAAAUCAACACCGCGGACACUAUAGAAAGAAAAGCCACCGUAGACUAAAACAAAUAGAGCUUCAAAAUGAGGGCUUGCGGAAUGCUAGGAACACCAUAACCAUUGUUGCAGUUUUGAUAGCAACCGUUACGUUUUCCGGUGGAAUAAACCCUCCGGGGGGAUUCAGUCAAGAGAGUGGGAAGGCUCUAAUGGGAAGAAAUCCUUCAUUUAAGGUAUUUAUGGUGUGCAACAUUUUGGCAUUGUUUUUAUCCCUAGGAAUUGUUAAUGUUCUAGUUAGUGUCAUUCCUUUUAAGCGAAAAUCAAUGAUGAAGUUAUUAGUAGCCACACAUAAAAUCAUGUGGGUGUCUACAAUGUUCAUGGCUGCAGCCUAUAUAGCUGCAACAUGGACCAUUUUACCACAAGGUGGAGGGUCAAGAUGGUUGAGGAUUGAGUUGAUGGUAGUCGGUGUAGGAUGCACGCUUGUUGUGCUUGUCGGGUUGGGUAUUUUGUUGGGGAACCAAUGGUCAAGGAAGAGAGAAUGGCGUAGAAAAAAAGGGAAAAAGAUGAAGGAUGUUACGCCUAAUGAUAGCAUGAAUAGUCGUGUUGGAGAGAUGCAUUUUGCCCACAACAGUCGUGAUGAUUCGUCUAGUAACUCAGAUAUCGAUAGCUCCGAUCAUGGCUACCAUGUUUACUAGUUAGCAUUUACCUCGUAUGUAUGUAUGUACGCAUUGAUCAAUUCAUUUUGUAGGAGUUCAUAGAUGUGACCACGGUUAUGUUACCGUUGUGUAUUAGUAAAGGGACUCUUUGUUCUUGGAUCUCAAAUGGUACCUAUAUCUUUUGCAUUUA